CCUCCCCCGCCGGGAGGGGAAGGGCCGUCCCCGGAGCGCUGCUUUCAGGGCCAAAGUAGGUUGCGAGUGGGAGGCGGUGGCUGCGGCUCCACGGCUUGGGGAAGAUGGCGCCGCCGGUGACGGAACGGGGGCUGAAGAGCGUCGUGUGGCGGAAAAUAAAAACAACAGUGUUCGAUGACUGCCGGAAAGAAGGCGAGUGGAAGAUCAUGCUGUUGGAUGACUUCACCACCAGACUUCUGUCAUCGUGCUGCAAAAUGACAGACCUUCUAGAAGAGGGCGUGACGGUUAUAGAGAAUAUUUAUAAGAAUCGUGAACCUGUCAGACAAAUGAAAGCUCUUUAUUUUAUCUCUCCAACACCAAAAUCUGUAGAUUGUUUCUUGCGAGAUUUUGGAAGUAAAUCUGAGAAAAAGUACAAAGCAGCAUAUAUCUACUUCACUGACUUUUGUCCUGACAGUCUCUUUAACAAGAUUAAAGCAUCUUGCUCCAAGUCAAUAAGAAGAUGUAAGGAAAUAAAUAUUUCCUUUAUUCCACAUGAAUCUCAGGUUUACACUCUUGAUGUACCAGACGCGUUCUAUUACUGUUACAGUCCAGACCCUAGCAAUGCCGGCAGAAAAGAAGCAGUCAUGGAAGCAAUGGCUGAGCAGAUUGUGACCGUGUGUGCCACUCUGGAUGAGAACCCUGGGGUGAGGUAUAAGAGUAAACCUCUAGAUAAUGCCAGUAAGCUUGCACAGCUGGUUGAAAAGAAGCUUGAAGACUACUACAAAGUUGAUGAGAAUGGCCUAAUAAAGGGUAAAACUCAGUCCCAGCUCUUAAUAAUUGACCGUGGCUUUGACCCUGUGUCCACUGUCCUGCAUGAACUGACCUUUCAGGCAAUGGCAUAUGAUCUACUACCAAUUGAGAAAGAUACAUACAAAUACAAAACAGAUGGGAAAGAGAAGGAGGCAGUUCUUGAAGAAGAUGAUGACCUGUGGGUGCGGGUUCGGCACCGGCACAUCGCGGUUGUUUUGGAGGAAAUUCCAAAGCUUAUGAAGGAAAUUUCAUCAACAAAGAAAGCUACAGAGGGGAAGACGUCACUCAGCGCGCUUACCCAGCUGAUGAAAAAGAUGCCGCACUUCCGGAAACAGAUCUCGAAGCAAGUCGUCCAUCUUAACCUAGCUGAAGACUGCAUGAAUAAGUUUAAGCUGAAUAUUGAGAAGCUCUGCAAAACUGAGCAGGACCUGGCACUUGGAACAGAUGCAGAGGGCCAGCGGGUGAAGGACUCCAUGCUGGUGCUCCUCCCAGUGCUGCUCAACAAAAACCACGACAACUGCGACAAAAUACGGGCAGUCUUGCUCUACAUCUUCGGCGUUAAUGGAACCACUGAAGAAAACCUGGACAGACUGAUCCACAAUGUAAAGAUAGAAGAUGACAGUGAUAUGAUUCGGAACUGGAGUCACCUCGGUGUUCCCAUUGUUCCCCCAUCCCAACAAGCCAAACCACCAAGAAAAGAUCGGUCUGCCGAAGAGACUUUUCAGCUUUCUCGAUGGACACCUUUUAUCAAAGAUAUCAUGGAGGAUGCCAUUGAUAAUAGAUUGGAUUCCAAAGAAUGGCCAUACUGUUCCCGGUGCCCAGCGGUGUGGAAUGGCUCUGGAGCUGUAAGUGCUCGACAGAAACCCAGAACUAACUAUUUAGAGCUGGACCGGAAAAAUGGCUCGAGGCUGAUUAUUUUUGUAAUUGGAGGAAUUACAUACUCUGAGAUGCGUUGUGCUUAUGAAGUUUCUCAGGCACAUAAAUCCUGUGAAGUUAUUAUUGGUUCCACACAUAUUUUAACACCCAGAAAGCUGCUGGAUGACAUAAAAAUGCUAAAUAAAUCCAAGGAUAAAGUUUCCUUUCUUAAGGAUGAGUAGCUUUUUUAUUGUGGUUUAGAGGUUUUGUUAACACGCACAGCUAAAGCAGAUGCUGCUGCGGUCACUGAAGCGGUGUAGUGUGUGGAGGAACGCGGUCUUCAGGUGGACACCUUGAGGAAGCUUAUGUUACUGGAUUUGCCAUUUCUAAUAAUUUAAGUACUGUUGCUGCUUUGUUCAAGACAUGAUGUUAACGGGCCUUGUAAUCAGGAAGUUUUCACCUUGGAGCAGAACCUGUUCUGAGGUGUGGGUGUUUUCACAGCCAGCUGUAUAUGUGCUCACUAAUUACUCACUGGAUACUUAUGCUGAAAUACAGUGUGGGCGAAAACGACUUUGAAUGAAGAGAUCAUAAACGUAAAAACUGUAAAUGUAUGUAUGAUAGAGUUAUUAUAAUGCAGUUUCUUAAGACUGAAAUUCAUAAUUUUUAUGUAUAAAAUAAUUUGUUAUUAAUAUGAUGACUUCACUAUGUAUAUUACCUGCAAGAUAAUUCUAAAGAACACAGUUUUAUAUGUUUGAGAUCGUGUCUGCUUAACUUAGAAACCAAAAAUAAUCAUGAACAUUCUAAGAGAAAAUAAAUAUAUUGUCAAAUUUU